AUGAAUCGACAGAAUCGUGCUUUCCCGACAGGGGUUUAUAUUAGCCAAAGAUACAACAGACAGUCAGGACUAUGUAGCGGCCCCGAUUUCUGCAAGAAAUUUGUUAUCCAAUCUCUUCCCUUCACCAUUUUUCUUUUGAUCGGUGCUUUUAUCUUCACCAUGCAUUUCAGUUCUCAGGAAUCCAAAAUUAUCUUGGCGAUCAUCGGUUUCAUCAAUUUAUGUUUAAUUGUUACCACAGCGUACAUUUGCAUCCAGAGAAAGAACAAUGCCAGACAAGGUAUAACCAGACCGAACACUGGUCAAGCAGCGGGUUCAACAACUCAAGGAGGAUCGGGCAAUGUGACGACCACCACUCAAUAUCCUAGCCCCAGUGGCUUUCAACAGCCCGCGUAUGGGCAAACACCCGAGUAUCCCUCGGAAUCACGACCUUAUACUUCAACGCCCGCUGAAUAUUCGUCUUUUCCGACGGGUCCAGCUUAUCCUCCAUCGACUCAGUACCCCUAUAAUUCUUCACAGAAUGGUCCACAGGCACUAUCUCCAACAGAGCUGCCUCCCCCCCCAUCGUAUGAAAGUAUUGUUGGCCAAAGUAACUCUGCUCCAAGUGCUCCCCCGGAUACGCAAGUUUGUUAA